UGGCACCUGGGCAUCAAAGUCCCCUAUUGCGGCCCAGUCAUUUUCUUGAGAGAUUCCAGUGGGGCUUACUACCCCUGCGGUGGAGUCAUGAAUUACGCCUUUGACAAACUGGAGGUUGCUGAGGAGUACAUGAGAUUUCACCUCAGCACUUGCUUCGACGCUGAUGGUAACGAGGAACCGGACAACUACAAACAGGUGUCACUGCAUUUGCAGAAGUUCGUCGGGUACGGCAUGCGGGCCGCUGCUAUGCCUACUUUCGAUAAGUCGAGGAAAAAAGACGGCUCACAGGUUGUGAUGCUCCGCCCUUUUGACUUUCUCAAGAGAAUUAACUGCCACAAGGUGUCUAGCCAUGUGUGCACGGUGGACAGCAAAUUGGCGCUCUCGGCACCCCUCAUAUUGUUCGAUAUUCAACUUGACGAUUUCGCAUCGAAGCUUCGGUCCUAUAAAUUGCAAGUGCUGGGCCAGGCUAUUCUACACAGUGCGAUCUCUGUGCGCUCGACGCAUGGCGGUGGGGACCCGGGUGCUCGACAAAACAGCUCGGUGAAAAUUGCCGAACGUGAGAACGUCGUAGAGAAAUCAGAGCCUGUCCACAAGUCUGAUCUCCCGCCGCGUUCGCUAACGAAUACGGUGUCCAAACAGCCCGUGCCGGGUCUGAAGCAAGGGCAAGGUCCGGCGGAGGUUUCAUCUUCACGUUAUGCUAGUGGCUGCGAACUUCCGGAGGAGUCUGAGAAGACGGAGGAUGACUUGUCAGCUAAGCAACAUGUGCUUCAGAGAAAUGCUGAAGGGAACAAACGACAUGACGAAGAUGAAGACAAAGAGUUCGAUUGCUACGACGGUGGUGACGGUGACGAACAAGGAGUCGGCGACGGCGAGGAAGGGGGGAAAGACGAGGACGGGGGGGACGAUGACGAAGGUGGGGAUGACGAGGAAGACGGAGACGACCAUCGUGGCCUCGAGGACGACGAUGACGAUGAGGGAACUGGGGGUGGGCGGGCGGAGGACGAAGACAGCUACGAAGCGGGGAGAGAAGGGGAACAGGACGAAGCCAAUGACCACGGAGUGUCUGUCAAUGAGUCUCGCAAAUGUGCGAACAGUCAAAGGCUUCGCUUUGGAGACGAUGACAUCCGCAACACACAGAGAUCAGUAUGCUCGCGCAAGAGAAAAUCCAGAGCUAGCGGUGAUGAGGAGUUGAGGCGAAGACAGUCGAAGUUGAUAGGUUUGGCAGCUUCGGAGGAGGCGUAUAAGAAGGCAUUGGACGCACAGUCGGCGAAGCCAGCGAAGGAAAAGCGUGAACGACCACGCUCUUCCCAACGACCAAAGAAGAAAGCGAAGACAAACGGUGCAAAGGAAGUUGCAGACUCCAGGGACGAGGCAGUCGGGGUUGACCCUCGAGAUAAUACGUCCAAACCAGAACAAUUGGUGUCGGAUGCUAUCGACACAACGAGAUGUUUCUUUCUGGAGUAUGAUGAUAAUGGCAAUGCAAUCGACCGGCCUGCCCAGGUGUUCGUAGAUGUCCGCAAGAUUUUGCCGAACCCAGACGACGGGAAAUUCCAGUACAAUUACAGACCCCUGAAUGAGAUGGCGGUCGCCUCCAUCAAAGACACUAUGGAACGGCCAGAGAAACAGAAAGAGUGGGACAGAAACACAUUCAUUCUUACUCCUGUUAUAGAAGUCAUGUGGAACGGGCAGAAACAGUGGCAACGUUUGAAACCCAAGGACUGGAGGGACGAGGAUGUCAGUUCGUACCAUUGGUACGUCGUGGCAAGCCAACACACGGUGGAAGCUGCGAAGAGGUUGGACGUAGCGAACUCACUAGCUGCCAGGAAAUGGGGCGUGCAGUCAUGGAAAGCGCGUGCGGUGUACUUUGAUGAUGACCAUCUUGACGGGUAUGCCUACAUUUCCACAUUUGACAACACGAGGGAGACUCGAUCUAUCCCGUCGUCGUUCAGAAUAAAUGUCACCGCAAUAAGAGGGUUGUGGCGUCAUAUGAAAUGCCCGAAGGGGAUGUUCAACUACGUGCUCUUCAAGUCGGAACGCAGGGGACAGCGUGAGUGGAAUGACGAUUUCUUCAUCGGGUAUGAUGAUAUUAUGAAGAGAUUUGAGCCGCACGGGUUGACGAAAGAGAAAUGGGAGAAGAAGAAGAUGAAACUUCCAGUUGACAGAACGAACAACGUGCCGAAACGACUGGGGGGGGUGGAUGAGGGAAAGUUGGGACARGGGAAUGUGGGGGGGUACAAGGUGACAACUGAAAUGUAUAUCGAGUGUCCGUACUUCCUCAAACUGUUUCUGCAUGAGAUAGUGGGAGCGGUAAGCAAGUUGAAGGACGAGCUUCAGCGCGUCAACGCAAAUGCACAACAUAUACUGUGGGAUAAGCGGAAGUGUAAUACAACGUAUUUGCCUGUGUGCAUGGCGCCGUUGGAUGGGCUGCAACCGACAAAGGAUUUGACUCGUGUUGUGAAGAAAUUGAGUUGUCGCCUUGCGGUGCUAGACCUGGCUCCCCACAAGAACCUGGAUUCAUGGACGGAGCAGAGGUUUGUGGAACUUCAGCAAAUGAUGAUGGCUCUGUGUGGGACACAUUGGGCACUCAUCAUUUUCAGUGGAUUGAAUGGCGAGGACUACAUUCUGAGGAACAUUUUCAGAAAAGUCGUCGCUCUCCAACACCUCCAGCGGUACCACGACGCCAAGAUUGGUGCAAUCGAGAUAUUUCUGGCACGUUGCGAGGACCUGUGGUUCGACAGAAAAAUGCGUCGCAUCGACGCAAGGAUUUAUAACGAAGCGUUGGAGCCUCAAGACCGUUUCGAUAUAAUGGACUGUGAGGAGCAUACCGAUGAUGACGAGAUCCACCUGCUGCUGCCUGAUGCAAGAAACCACGCAGUUGACGAGAACAUGAGCACCGGGUCCUUAUCGGAGGGGGACCCGAUGGUGGUUGAAGUCGGGGGACCGACAAUGGCCAGUUGCAAGACCGCCCAACUCACACACACGCAGACGUCAUCCGCAAGAGAUGGUACCGAGGCAAGCACUUCGAAAUGGAAAGACAAGAGAGGCGCCCCAGGGUUUCCAACAAUGAUGCGGCAAAUGUUCGACCAAGUCAUGGAAAUGCAAACAGAGAACCAAACUCGUGGUCAACAUGACGACGCAGGCCCCGGGGAGGAUGACAUGGGUCUGGAGGACAAUCCGCUGUUCCACAUUCCAGACGACGAGGACAAAGAUAUAACUCCUGGAGAUGAAAUCGAAAGUCACAUGAAGGAGAGCAAAGGGGGACCUCACUUUUUGGACACCAAGUUCACAGAGACUAAGGUGUACAAAUGGGGCCAUCACAUCAUAUGGCAUCCGGGUCUUUUCGAGCCAUGUGUGUUUGAUGGCAAAUGGCACAUGGCUGUCCAAGUCAGAGGGAAGUGGAUAUUCAAGAAGAGACUGAGCAGGAGUAAGUUCCUUGAGACUGCAAAGGAACAGUUGUUGCUGCGCGUGCUGCAGGCAAACAAGGGUGCAGGAGAGCAAGAUAUYAGCGAAAAGGUGAACUCCGUAUUUGAAUCRYUGCUUCAARACAAUCUUCUGGAGUAUUGYGCUGCUUUCUAUGAGAGAMAAUYGAGCCCUUCACGAGGAMAGAUCAGAUGGACAUUGGAGURUCGUCAGACGGAACAACUGUACGACAGUGACAUAUUGGUGGGGUGCACUCAAGCCAUGGAAGAGAAUAUCCGACAGUGUAAGAGUUUAAAUGGGACUAGACAAGGAGCCGUUAAGACGAGUGUUGCUGAAAAGGAAGGGCGUGAGAGGAAGGACGUCGAAUGUAAAGAGCAGGGAACUCAUGAGGCAUCAGUUGAUGAGCUACUCAAAACGCCGUUUUCUGAGGGCGUUGGUGCGGUGCCGGGGGGAAAGACGGCAGGUCCGGGAUGCGGUGGGGAAGGGGCAGAAAAUACAAAGGAACAGGGGGAAAAGGACGCCACAUCCGAUGAAGAUGCGGGAGAUGCCGGAGACGGGGGUGCCCAACGGGUGGCCAGUGGACUGGGAGACCCGCUUUCGGCAGCCAUCACAGGCAUAUCGUCACAUGGAGGACGGAGUGGGGGGGGAGCACAAUGCGGGAGAUGCACUGGUAUUCGGAGGAGCAAGCCCGCAGGACACUACCGAGCCUUUAGCGGAUAACAGAGGUGAGGGGGACAAACUUCUGCACAUGGUAUGCAUUGGCUCUAGCUCGCAGAUAGCCCCAGACUC